GAAGAAUUUGAUUUCCAGUAUGGAUAUGUUGAAUCAAAUUCAAAUUUGGGUAAAUUAAUCAAAAAGAAGAUUAAUGGUUGUAUUCAAUAUAGCUUUAUUGAUCGAAUUAAACAAGCUUUUCCCAUACUAUUUUGGCUUCCAAAUGUUACCAAAACUGAUCUUAUCAAUGAUAUCAUUGCCGGUAUAACAGUUGGAAUACUUUGUGUACCACAAG